UCUGAAAGAGCACUUUGAAAAAUGGGUCUAUAUGUACGCACCAUAACACCCUAUGCCCUCCCUGGAGUGCUGGCACUCCUUGCUUGCUGGUGGUUCUUCUCCCGAAAGAAAGACAGACGCAGUACAAAACCUGAUCAUAUAUCUGCUUGUGUGAAUGAGAUGGAAACAGUCGAUGCCCUGGAAGAAAUUCUUAGAGAAGAAGUACACAACAGUUCCAGGGCACAACUGCUGGACAAAGAGGAUGAAAUUGUAUUACAAGAAGACUGCAAGUGCUCCUUGCCUUUGGCUGCACGGGAAUCUUCUUUGUACUCAAUGCAGUCUAACUGCUGGGUUGAUGAUGACUUGGUAAAAGAGUCCCAUUUAAAAAAAGUGGGCACCUUACAAGGAUUUGCUGAUCAGGAAGUUGAUGAAAUUAAAAGCCCUGAUGGUUUCAGGGCAAAUGAAGCAGCUGAAGUCCAGGAAGUAGUAGGGGUUUCCCCAUAUUCAGUUAGUCAGACACUUGAUGGAAAUAAAGUUGUCAAACAUAAUUCUGCCACUUUAAAUGAUGUAGAAAAAUUGUGCACGAUAUCCACUGAGCCACCUUGUGGAUGUAGUCAGGCAGGUGAUAUUCAGGAGUUUCCCCUCAAAGAAAUUGAUCUGAAGAUCAGUUUCAUCCAUGAUUCUGAUUUGCUACAAGUAUUCUCUCAGACUGAAGCUCUUGAUAUGCCUGAAAAAAAAUUACCUGUUGAAGAUGUUAAUGAAAUAAAAGCAGAAGAUACAAUGUUGCCUUCACCACAGGCAAAUUCUGUAGAGAGAGGUUUAGUAUCCAAAGAAGUAGAACGAAAUUCUUCAGAAUUUAGACUACCCGCAUGUCAUGUUCAAACCUGGAAAGUCCCCUGUGAUCCUUUUAUUGAGCAGAACGAUGAAGCCUAUGAUCUUGGGUCAGCAAAACCAUGCUCCCACAGGGAGGGUGUUGAAAUUACACAGUCUGCUAAAACCAGUACAGUGUUUUUCAAAGAACUAGAUGUACAGCCCUCUGUGGCUGAAAUGCUGGUAGACUAUUCAGGGAGCCAUGUAGUACAGAGCUGUCAGCCCAUAGAAGAUGAAAUAGGAUUAGCAUUCAAAGGUGAUGUCAAACCUUUUGAAACUCAGUGUUCAGAAAGUAUUCUGUCAGAGCAAGUAACGCAUGAUAAUGCUUUGGACUUAACUACCCAGUCACAUCUGAAAGCGGUUGACUCUGUAAUAGCUUGUGAGCCCUCUGAAAGUUGUGUUCAAUCCUUCAUCACUGAAGUGGUCAGAGAGGGUAACUGUACGACUUUACUUGAUACUUUUUCCAAAUGUCUGGAAAAAAAAGAAGAAACCGAAGAUUUGUGUCCAGUAGUUGAUGAUUUAAAAGAAGCAAAUCCACAAAGCUUUUUGGGAGACUAUGAGGCUAAGAUAGUUGAACAACUUGCCAUGGACCUAAUUUCCAAAGUGAUUGUAGCUGCUAGACAGGAAAUUUUGUCUAGUUCAGUUAGUGACGUGUCUGAUAGCCGUUGUCAAAUUCUUGAUGAAAAUAGAGAUGUUCUAACGAGAGAUGCACAGAGCAAGCCGCUGGUUCCAGGGAGUGAUGAGGAUUCUGUUUCUGCAAACUUUACAUUUGGUGUAAAAGAUUUUGACUGUACUUGUGAAUCUACACAAUUUGAACUAUCACAAAAUGAGAACUUUAGAAAUACAGGACUGACCGUUGAUGAAUUCUGUCUAGAGCACCAAAGGGAAGAAAAACAUACGACACCCAGUACAUCUGUUUGUCGGAUGCCAUCGGUGUCUGACUUUAGUCCAGUUCAAAGAACAGAUUUUUUUGAGGAGUCUCAACCUGCCCUUGAGGAUUCCAGUCUUAGCGUCUGCACAUCAGAAGAAUGCCUCAACAUGGACGAUCCAAUGCAAAGCACAGUGUUAUCAACUGUUAGUAUUGGUGGCUACGACUCGCUGAGUUCCUCUGGGAUUGGGCUAUCGAGGGAAACAUUUAAUGUGUCCAUUGAGAAAACAAUGAAGGCUACAUGUGGGGAAAAUGACAAGGAGCUCUACUGUAAUGGAGACAUAAAGCGAGGUUCUCCAGACUUAAACCAUGAUGGACCCUUGACUACCGAGUCAGAGGUAGAUCACUCAGGAGGAUCGGAUGUAAACAGCAUGGAUUCUGUGGAUAGUGGUUAUGCUUUGGGAAAUAGUGAGCAGUUUCAGAAUGUGAAGCAGAAGUCAGAUGCAAAAAAAGCUGACCUUGUAAUCUGGGAAUUUGAAGUGCCAAAGUAUUUGGUUGGCCGAUUAAUUGGGAAACAAGGCAGGUUUGUGAGCUUCUUGAAGCAGUCGUCCGGUGCCAAAAUAUAUAUCUCUACUGUGCCUUACACACAGGAUAUCCAGAUAUGUCAUUUAGAAGGUUCUCAGCAGCAGAUAGACAGAGCUCUAAGUCUAAUCCGAAAGAAAUUCAAGGACUUGAAUCUGACAAACAUAUUUGCACCCCCUCCUCCUCUGAUCCCUCUUCCUGUUGCAUCAUGGCUCACACUCCCAAAUAAUGUGUCAGUGGAAGUAGUUGUGGUUAAUGUAGUGAAUGCAGGACACAUGUUUGUCCAGCAGCGUACACACCCUACUUUUCAUGCACUUUGUGGCUUGGAUCAGCACAUGAGUCUCUGUUACUCACAGCCUGGUAUUCCAACAUUACCCACACCAGCAGAAGUUGGGAUUCUCUGUGCGGCACCUGUUGGACCCAGUGUUUGGUGGAGGGCACAAGUAAUGGCCUACUUUGAGGAUACUGAGGAAGUUGAGAUCCUCUAUGUGGAUUAUGGUGGCUACAAUAGAGUCAAGAUUAACACCCUCAGACAAAUCAGGUCCGAUUUCGUUUCACUACCCUUCCAGGGUGUAGAGGUUCUUCUGGACAAUGUAAUUCCACUAGGAGAUGAAGAUCAUUUUUCAGCUGAAGCCGAUGCAGCUGUAAAGGAGCUAACAAGAGGUGCACCUAUGCUUACACAGGUUACAAAUUAUGAUGAAGCGACUAGGCUUCCACUUGUCCAACUAUGGCGCCUAAAUCCAGAUGAGAUGGUGUCGGUCAACAGGUCGCUUGUGGAAAGAGGCUUCGCUGAAUGGAUAGACGGCUAUUAAUAGUCUAAGCACCGUUUUCAGCAAAUCAAUUUUGUACUGUAUUAGGCUUGGCAUUGAGAUUGUUCAUAUAACUUAAACAUCAACUCUCAUCAUGUUCAUCUGAUGGCUUGGUUGUUUGGGCAGUGAAAAUUCACAGCAAUAGUCUGUUUAGAGAACAGACCACAAAGCCAUACAUAAAUGUAAGUUUUCAACUGCCAUACACCAAAUGCCUCUUCAAUGAGUUAUUGUCAGAGAUGCAACACUUCUAAUAGCACAAUAUACAUCGUGAAUUCAUCCGGGAACUGGUCUGUAUGACUAGAGCAAGUUUAGAUGAACUAUUCCACUAUAAUGUGAUUCUAUCUAGAACUAAAUGGGCUUCACCUAAAUUGUGCAUAAUGUGUAUUGUACUCUUGAACAUCCUAUUUGCCAAGCCUGAUGUGUAAUUUAUCAUUUUGUACCUUUGCAAAUUUUUGUAAAUAUAUGAAAUGAAAUCACUGUAAUAUUUUGUAUCAGAACACUGGAAAAAAAAAAGGGAAGUCACAAAUUCCACACUCUUGCUCAAACCAGUUUGUUGCACAAAUGCAUUUAAAGGCCAGUGUGCCUUAAUUCAAACCCUGCUAUUGGGGGGGUAAAAAGAAAAAACCCGCAAAGCAUUUACAAAUUUAGAAUGAAGUGUCAAGAUCUUUCCACAAUUAAAAUAUUUCAUUUGUGAUCAUGGAAAGUGACAUUUAGCUAUGGGCAGAUGUUGUCCUGUAUAUAAUCCUGUUUGUAGACAUUGCAGUAAAGCUCUUUCUGGCCUAUUUAGGCAGAUAAGUAGGCUACACCUGUUUGCAUAGGGUAUAGAAGUAAAAUAUCUGUCAAGAUCAUAUACAUUGAUCUUUUGUGGAUGACUAUGGUUGCCUUGAAUAAGAUAUGAAUUUAAAGCUACUGACCCAAUUACUGAAUAUUAAAGGUUUGUUUGUGCACAAACAUGUGCGUUUCGAUUUGCCAUAUAGACUGGUGUUGCGAUCUGUUCAUUUUUUGCUACUUUGUACAAAUGUAAAGUAAGAAAACGAAUUAUUGCAUUGGUGUGCCCUUUUUUUUAUUUCAUGACAAAUGGAUUUUUAAACCUGUAAAAGUUAAUAUAAAUCCAGUGGAAAAGUAUUGUAAAGUGCAUAUUUUUCUCAAGAACCUCUUGUGAAUGGGUGGGGGAAAAAAUUAUAAUAAUAAUUAAAUAAAGCACUGAGCAAGAA